CCUGUCUAUUAUCCAGUCGAUUUUGUUCGUUUUGGGUGGAUUUUGUAGAUGUCGAAUUUGUCUCACGCGUAAUUAAAGAAAAUCUCCGUUCCUUGGGAAUAUCCUUGGAAAUUGAGACAGCUUGAAGUGAGAAGUAACUAUUAAGUACAAAUGUGUAAGAACUAGCUGAUUGUAAUGACCAAGUGUAUUCUGAAACUUUAUGGCACUACAACGAAGACGUUACAUAAAUGUUAAUGUGAACUCGACCAAAAGCUGAACGGAGUUUUUCCAUCCUAAUGAUUGCUAUAUUGCGCCCGACCAAUAAUUCACACUAUCAUCUAGUAUAUUGUUUAAAACGAAAUGAUUUUGUCGACCUACACUGUGUGUUCUGUUUUAGAUAUUUGCGAUUUUGAUCCAACAAAUUUUUUGUGAAAAGUGCUAAGUCGACGAAGAGUGGAAUCACCUGCACAAAAAAAUACCAAAGCAGAAGCCACAUAGAAUUAAGAAAAGAAAACGGUCUAAUAUUUUCAUAUUUAGUAUACAAUCAAAGCAUUUCAUUAGCAAAGAUUACAAGAAUUUUCGGAUGCAUUCAUUGAGCUGGACGACGCGAGUGAUCUCGCGAGCGUUGCGUAGUGGAUUCUCUACGCUAUUAGAGACAGCUAGUAACGCGACCGCGAAUGUAAAUAGUGCCUCGAAACAACGCCCGCACUUUGUAUCUGUAGUGUGUGGUUUUCCCAAAGACUUCCUCACCUCUAAAUACAAGCCUGGAAAGUACGGCGAAGAUUCGUGGUUUAAGGCGUCAACCAUUAAUGCAGAUGUCUUGGGUGUAGCUGACGGCGUCGGUGGUUGGCGUAAUUAUGGAAUCGAUCCCGGUGAAUUUAGUUCGUUCCUAAUGAAAACUUGCGAGCGUCUAGUCCAUUGUGUUAAUUUUAAUCCCCAGCGUCCUGUUAAUCUCUUAGCAUAUAGUUAUUGCGAAUUGCUAGAACAAAAAAAGCCUAUUUUAGGCAGUAGCACCGCUUGUGUGCUCGUGCUGAAUCGUGAGAACAGCACUGUUUACACCGCCAAUAUCGGCGACAGCGGUUUUAUGGUGGUACGUAAGGGCGAAAUCAUCCAUAAGUCCGAAGAGCAGCAGCACUAUUUCAAUACACCCUUUCAAUUAUCGCUACCACCACCAGGACACGGUCACAAUGUGCUGAGCGAUAGUCCCGAUUCGGCAGAUACGAUUAGCUUUUCAGUGAAGGAAGGCGAUGUCAUAUUAGUGGCGACCGAUGGCGUCUUUGACAAUGUCCCCGAGCGUUUGUUGCUCGAUGUACUCAAAGAGUGUGAGGGAGUUACCGAUCCCGUGAAACUGCAAAUGACUGCUAACUCAUUGGCGUUGAUGGCGCGCUCAUUAUCUUUCGACAGCGAAUUCAUGUCCCCAUUUGCAAUCAAUGCCAGACGCAAUAAUAUUAAUGCAACAGGUGGUAAACCUGACGAUAUAACUGUGGUACUCGCUACUGUAGCAAUGUGAAAUUAAGUUAAUUUUAGGUUUAAUUUAUAAAACGUGCAAACCGUUUAGUUUUUUUCGCGCCCAUUUAACAAUGGCGUUGUGCAGCGGUGCUGCUUUCGUGCUGUGGUAUUAUUGCUGACAGAUCUUGAGAUUACAGACAAGUAAUACAGUUGAUCCCGUCAGUCAGUCGCAUGUUUGGUCAGUCUUAAGGUCAGGAAGUAAAUUGUGACACACUCGUAUUUGUGUGCUCCACAUCCUAUUACAACAACAAAAAUUGAACAUUUGCGAUGCUAAAUAAUUAUUAUUACUAAUUGUACGUUCUCCUUUGUCAAAUAAUUAUUAGUUAGUUAUUUUUAGUUUAGAUUAUUUGUGAAUAUUCGUGUGUGAUCUUCUCGUUUUUUUGUUUGUUUUGAUUUGUGGUUCUUUUUUAGUAUUUCGCUUUUAAGUGCAAACAGUUUUUAUAACUACGUUACUAUCUUAUUGUACGCUUUAGUUAUGUAAAUCGUGAACGCGCUACUCUAUUCUUUUAUAUCUCCUCCCACCCUUUGUUCAAUCAUUUUUUUUUUUAGAAAAAAAAAAAAAGAAAA